AAAAUAUUACAAGAAGCAAAAGAUAAUAUUACCCUAUACCAACAAACAAUCCUCAACAAAGAAGAAUUAAUAAUAAAACUAAAAGAAUUUGAAUACCAACUACCAUUAGGAAUAUCAGUAAGAAUAGUAUUAGAAGAGAUACUUGAACGAGAAUCAUUACAAAAACUGAAUAGACUCCUAAAAGAAAUCAAUAACCACUUAGAAGA